UGCCUUGGAUUCUCCGUCUUACCAGCCGCCGUCCCGUCGUGCAGUGAGUGCCAAGGUGGAUGCCCUGUAUACCUCGAGACGGGAGCGUCUUCAAGCAGAACUCUCGGCAGCCAGCUUCAUCAGCUUAACAGCGGACUUCUGGACCUCCAUCGCCAAUGACGCCUACCUCGGGAUAACGGCGCAUUGGAUCGACGACGACUGGAUGCUUCGAUCGGCAACAUUGCAGGUGAGAAACGUACCUGAGCGCCAUACAGCGGAACAAUGUGCCAGUGAGGUAUUGGAGACUGCUACAGAUUGGGGAAUCGUUGAAAAGGUAAAAGCUGUCUGUACCGAUAACGCCCGCAACAUCUGUCUUGGGGUGGAGAGAGCAAACUUUCAGAGUCUGAAGUGCGCAGCUCACACGCUUCAGCUGUGCGUCCACAAGGCGCUCAGCGUGACGGGUGUGGAGCGACUGCUAGCCGCCUGUCGUCGUACUGUGGGUCACUUUAAGCACAGUUCGAACAACCAGGCCGUCCUUUCAAAACAUGCCGCUGAACUCGGAGCACCUAAGAAGAAGCUUCAGCAGGACAUCGCAACACGGUGGAACAGCACGUACAUAAUGAUAACCAGCCUGCUUGAACUGAAGGAGCCUUUGCGCCGCUCCAUGGAGGACAGCAGUACCAUUAAAUCGUCGAUUCCCCACCUCACAGACGUCGAUUGGGACAUGUUGGAGCAGCUUCGGGAAGUUUUGAAGCCCCUGCUCGACAUUACGGAGCUCCUUGGAGGGGACAAGUACGUUACUCGGUCUGUACUUAUUCCAGCCUUAAAACUGCUAAAGAAUAAAAUGAAGACGAAUGACUGUGACCCUGCCUUUAUCUGCCGCUUCAAGGCCAUGCUAGUGGACUCUAUCGAUGAGAGGCUUCGCGCGUGGCCGCAAUACAACGACUAUGAACUGGCAACGUGUCUCGAUCCUCGUUUCAAGAGCCUCGCAUGCAUCGAAAAAGAUCGCCGCGAACUUGUGUGGGAAAGGCUUUCCCAGCUAACACAUGCGUCUUCGGACGAUUCUACUGAUCUAACGCCCAAGAAAAAAAGAAAAUACGUUUUCACGGAGGAAAAUGAAGAACCCACCAUCUCCUGCCAAGUGUCGCUUUAUCGAUCGAUGGCCGAGGUGACGGACGAUGAACUGGACCCACUACAGUGGUGGCGAGCUCAGGGCUCCCUGUUUCCUCAAAUUGUGCCAAUUGUGAAGAGUGUGAUGUGUGUCCCAGUCACCUCAACGCCCUGCGAGCGUCUGUUCAGCGCAGCAGGGAUGAUCGUCAACAAACAAAGAAACUCGCUCCUGCCGGAAAAUGUCAACAAACUUCUUUGCCUCCGCAGCUGGGGUUGUGAUCUGUGAGUGCGUUACAUCAACGUUUAUUCUCAAUUAAGUUUGUAUAUAUGCGCCGUUUAUCAUACAAUAAAACAAAUUGUAAGGACAAAAUGUCUACUUUUGCUUUUUACUAAAG